AUGUUUAAUGAAGAAUUAGGUGUCAUUGAUUAUGAAGUGGAAAGCGAUGAAUCAAUUUAAUUGAUAUAAAAUCCAUAGGAUAUUGUCAUUCCAACUCCAAUAUAAGAAUAAAAAUAAUAAACCUAAUAAUAAAUAGUGCAAUAACCAUAACCAUAAGCAGAAUAAUCGAACUAAGAAAACACAGAAGAUAUUGAAAGGUAAUAACUAGAAGAAGAAUAAAUGUUGCGUAGACCUUAUGCAUUAAGAUGGAAAAAGAAAUCAAUUAAGAAAUUAGAAAAAAUCACUUCUAAAAUGACUGAUUAAGAUUUAGAUGAGAUUAAGGAUGUCUUAAUCAAAAAGGUAGCAAUCUCUGAUAGUAAAAUCAUGAAUAAUAAUAAUAACAAUAAUAAUAAUAAUAAUAAUGAUGUGAUCAUUUCUGGUUCAAUUCUAAAGAAUCCAUAAACAACACUCAAUCAAGUGCAGAAAUAAAAAUAAUUUUAAGUCCUUGUAGAACAUUUUGCAAAUAAACCUGACUUUCUAGAAGCUAUUAUUGCUCAAGAUUUAGAAUAAGAAAAUGCAAAUUAAGAUGGAGGCAUUCUUAAAAAACCAAUGAUUGUACCUCCAAAGGCAGGACUUAAGAAAUAACAAGGUAAAAAAAGAGCAAAUGUCACCUUUGAAGAUCAAUCACAACCACAAAAUGGAGGAAUUCAAUUUAUUAAAACUAGUGUUCUACCGUAAAGGUAACCUCCUCCUCCACCAUAACCUCAAUAAUAAAUUCAAAAUAUACUUUCGAAAUUCUAAGAAAUUAGAGAAAAAUCAGUUGCCCCAACUUAAUCCUAAUAAACAACUGCAAUCUAAGAAGUUUCUGAUGUGCCUUUAGGAACAGGAGCAUGGUAUCCAAAUAAAUAAGAUAGAAAGAGUCAACCUUUUAUACCACCUCAUGCUGGAUCAAAUCCAAAAUUGCUACCGACAGUUAGUUCAGUUUAAAUGAUCUCUACGUCUUAAGCUGCUUAAUAGUCUAUAAAUCAUAAAUUUCUAGGAAUGAAUCAAAAUCAAUCCAGAUUUAGCAAUAGUCCUCCCAGAGUAAGAGAUAUGAUAACAUAAUAAUAUACAUCCUCAUAUUAAGUUGAUAGACCUCCCAUCAUGCCAAGCAGACAAUAACCUAUAUUUUAAUAGUAGAUAUUGGAAAAGAACAUCACUUAUGAACUAAAUCAAGUAAAAAAAAAUAAGGAACAGUUGAGUAGUCAUUAACAAUCUUAAUUGAGGGAGUCCUAAAUUAAACUAUAAGCUAAGUUACAAGAAAGUGUUAAGAGAUAAAGUGUUGCUUAGCCAACAAUAGAGGAGAAUGAUUCUGAUUUUUUGGAUGAAGUCAUGGAUAGUCAGGCAUUCAUCGAUUUUAAGAAGGCUGGCAAUUUAAUUUGUGGAACUUAGCAAUCCAUACAAUAGUAACAUUGGCAAGAAAUUAAUUUUAAUACAGACAUUCCUAAGGAUUAUUAUAUGAAUGAAAAGUUUAGAGUUGAUGUGGGAGAAGACAUUGAAAUCUGUGAUCCCUAUGAAUUAUUUAAAUUGUAUUUUGAUUAAAGCAUCUUCAAGUACAUCUGUCAAAUAUCAAACAAACGCUAAUGCAUUAGAAUUGAUGAAGAUAUUUUGGAGUCAUUUAUCACAGCACUAAUCUACAUUUUCUACAUCUAAUUGUUGGGUAUGAGAGAAAUCAAAAGAGUUAGAUUUGAUCACAUAAUAGAUUAUGUGACAUUUGGUCAUAUUUGUAAGGAAAUCCGGAUUGAUGAAUUAGAAGAUUAUUCCUUCAUUUUUGAAAAGAUAAGUAAGAAUUUCAAAAACAAUUACCAACCGGAGGAAUUCUUAACUCUCGACUCACCUAUCUUUUAUCAAAAUCAUAGUGUGGAAGGUCUUAUCUCACUUUCUGAUGGAAUGAAAGGGUAUGUGUUAGACUUCAUCUAUGGAAUCAAAGAUUAAAAGAUCCUUUAAAGCUUAUAAAAAUAUUAAGGCAAACAUCAUAAAUUGUAUUUAGGCCCUGAUGUUUCAUCUUUGAAUCUGAUAUCUCAAUUGAAAAAGAAAUAGUUUGGUUCAUUGGCAAAGUUAGUAGACAAACAGACCCAAUUGACUUAAGAGUAGAUCUAAGAAGUGAAAUAAAAUGCUUAAAAAGGUAAAAGCACUCAAUUCUUAUCAUCUGACAACCAGACGAUUAUGCUUAUUUAUGCAGAAAGACAAUAGCAUAUAUAAUAAGUUGAGGGAUUCGUAUCUUCAUUCGCUGAUUUCACAAGACUCAAACCUUAGGAUACUAAGAUUAAGAGUGAUGUCAACAAACCCAUCAUCCUCUAUCUUUAUGAUAAAAUAAAGACUUAAUAUGAUAAACGAGGAAAGACUUAUCAAUAUUCACAAAUACCUCAUUAAGAUGCAAAUCAGCAUUUGGAAAUUCUUGUUCAAUUAGUCUAUUCUAGCAUUUAUAAUGCUAACAUUUUAAAUAAAACUAAAAAUUAAUAAACUACAUUAGCACCAGAAAAAGCAAAAUAAAUGUAUCUUGAAUUUGUGAGAUAAUUACUACACUCUCUCUAUGUUCGAAGUUUCAAACGUAGAGGUAUUAACCAAUUUCCAUAGAAUCACACUCUGGAAUCUGGAGACACUGGAACAUUUAGUUGUAUAGAAUGUGGAGAAUCUAGUUAAACUAUUUGUAGAGAAUGCUCAAAUCAUUUCUAAAUGUUGAUUCCUGUCUGCAGAAGUAAGAAUGAACAAUGCUUGAAAUCGCAUAUAGAAAUGUUAGUAAAUCAGCCAAAAAUUACAAAUCCAAAUAGAAAACUUACAAAUAAACAAGCUAUAGUCAAAUUUGAAUUCUAUCGUUCUCAAAUUGAAGCAUCAAGGGAUGCUAAUGCCAAAUCGGCUUUGCCAGUUAUUGAUGAUACUCUACAAUAAUUGGACAGUUUAGAUCCUGAUGAAGAGUUAUCAAUAGGAAUCCAAACUUUAUUGGUUUCUUUGUCAGAUUUGAUACAAAAAAUGUUCCAAUAACCUAACAUAUUAGUUCCAUAAUAGAAAACUCAACAAAACAGAUAGGAGAUUUAUUCUUUGAGUCAAGUAGAUCCACCGAUUAAAUCAGCACAACAACUAUCGAAAUCCAUUUCUUAGGUUUAUAACUAUUAAUAGGAAGCUGUUCAAAGUUCUUAGGUUGUGCCUCAAUUAAUAAAAACUAAAAUUGGAGAAUAAAAGAGCAUUGAACCUGCAAUCCAGAAAUUGUAAGCUAGAGUGGCCAAGAUCAAUAAAUGA